AUGAAUAUAGCAAUUACUGAAGAAGGAAAUAAUUUAAUAAAAGGUACGAUGAAUUGUGUUGAAAGAACGAAAUUACCUCUUAUAGAAUUUAAAUUAGGUGAUAUUUAUGAAGGAGAGAGGAAAAAUGGAAUGAGAGAUGGAUAUGGUAAAAAAAUAUGGCCAGAUGGUUCAAUUUAUGAAGGAGAAUGGGUAGAAGAUAAAUCUGAAGGAAGAGUAAAAACUAAACUAUUAUUUUUAGGGUAAAUUAAUUCAUUCAAAUGGUGAUAUAUAUGUUGGAGAAUGGAAAAAUGAUAAAGCAAAUGGUAAAGGAACAUAUUUUCAUAUAAAUGGAGCAAAAUCAGAAGGAGAAGUAAAUAUUAUAAUCUAUUUCUAGUGGAAAAAUGAUAGAUUACAUGGUAAAGGUGAAUUAUAUUGGCCAGAUGGAGCUAAAUACGAAGGCCAAUAUUUUGAAGGUUAAAGACAAGGUAAAGGUAUAUUAAAUUUUUCUGAUGGUUCAAGAUAUGAAGGUAUACACUUAUAAUUCUAUUUUUUUUAGGGGAAUUCUUCGAGGAUGCUCUGCAUGGAGAAGGAACUUAUAUUUAUUCAAAUAAUAAAGUUUAUAAAGGAUAAUGGAAAAAAAAUAAAAUGCAUGGUAAAGGAUAAUUUAUAUGGCAAGAUGGCCGUAAUUAUACUGGUGUAAUAAUUCUCAUAUAUAAUAGGAAUAUGAAGAAGAUAAAAAACAUGGCAAAGGUGCCUUUAAAUGGUCUGAUGGAAGAAAGUAUAUAGGAACCUGGAAAUAAGGUUGCAUUAUUAUCCUAUUUCUUAGGUAAAUAAAAUGGAAUAGGAAUCUUUUAUCCACUCAAUAAAGAAUGUAAAGUUGGUGAAUGGAUAGAUGGAAGAAGAUUUUUAUGGUUUGAAAAAAAUGAAGUUGAUUAGUUAAUUGAAGAAUAGAAAAUUAAAAGAGAAGAUUUGCUUGAAUGA